UGAUAAGUCACCAGUGUCGGAUCGUGAGAAAGUGGAGAGGGAUUCUCGCGCUCCUCGUAUCUCGCAGGACAUUUAAAUCGUACGCGAACGGACCGACGACUUGGGCUCGGCGGCACUCCGAAAGAGGGAAACCGUUUGUUCCUCGCGCGUCGGUCUGUAAAAAGAACAGAACGAAAAACAAGAACAUCACCGUUUCUCUCCUACGCCGAUCGAAGCGCCCACCUCUCUCUCUCUCCCUCCCUCUCUCUCUCCUUCUUUUCUCAUGAUUCCCUCGGGAAACGAAACGUACUAGUCGCUCCGCGAACUUCGACAAACGCGAAUCGUGCGACAAGAUUACUUACAAGUGGCACCGGCCGGAAAAAAAAAACACUACGCUUAUUUAUUAAGGAACCUCCGAGCGCGCGCGCGUCUUCGCAAACGUAUUAUUUAUUACGCUUUUUGUGCUUUGAUUUGCGGAAUAAUACGUGUGGAAAACAAAUAUCGAAGAGGAGAAAAGAAGAACAUCCACGAUUCUUCAUCGAUCAAGAAAGAAAGAGAAAGAGAAAGUAUCUUUCCGGAAAGGUGAAGAAAAUGUCCAAGUACGUGAGAAACUAAUCGAACGAACGAACGAACGAACGAACACGCCUCUUUCUCUCUUUCGCUCGCUCGCUCACAUAAUCGUCGCAGUUGCGACUUUGGCCCGUGCACACAAACACGCUCGCAUACAAUUCACGCUUGUUGUGCGCAGUCGUCAUCGACGUUUCGCGACUCGUCGCGAGGUGAGUGAUCAGUCCGUCUCUGCCUCGUUUCGCUGUGAAAAAGGUGUUGAGUGUCCCCCUUCUGUCUCUUUCUCUCUCUCUCUCUCUCUCUCUCCCUCUCCCUUUUUCUCUUCCUCUCUCGUUCUCUCAUCCGGGAAUCCGUCAGUCUCUGAGAUUCUUGGAGGGAGCACGUGGACGGAACACAUCCGGUACGUGUCCCGAGGAAACCCUACAGCAAUACAGUGGGAAGAAGUCUGAGAGAGAAGCGGAGAGAAGCUAUAUAAUAGUUGGUGCGAUCUCUCUCGCCCGUCAUGGAUCUUCUGUGCUGCGAGACUACAGAGACCGAGUGCCGGGCGUACGCCGAUCCUGCUCUCUUGGGCGACGACCGGGUCCUGCAGAAUCUCCUACAGACCGAAGAACGCUACGCGCCGAGCCGGUCAUACUUUGAGUGCGUGCAGAGGGACAUCUCACCGCUCAUGCGCAAGAUAGUCGCCGAGUGGAUGUUGGAGGUAUGCGAGGAGCAGAAGUGCCAGGAUGAGGUCUUUCCCCUGUCGAUGAACUACGUCGACAGGUUCCUCUCGAUCUGCCCAAUCAGGAAGUCGCAACUGCAACUGCUCGGCACCGCCUGCCUGUUGCUGGCGUCGAAGCUGCGUGAAACAUCGCCGCUCACGGCCGAAGUCCUGGUUUUCUAUACCGAUAAUUCCAUCACUCUCGACGAUCUAUGGAGGUGGGAGCAGCUGGUCGUUUCGAAGCUGAAAUGGGAAUUAUCCGCGGUGACGCCCGGAGACUUCCUAAUGCACAUCCUCAGCAGAUUGUCGAUGCCACACACCUGUGACACUGUGAUGGUUCGGAGGCACGCGCAGACCUUCAUCGCUCUCAGCGCCAGAGAGUACAAGUUCUCCAUGUACACGCCGAGCAUGAUUGCAGCCGCAAGUGUAGCGGCGGAUUAUUUGCAAGGCUGCCUAGAGCAAAUCGAGGAGAUGAUCUCACAGGCCGCUCACGUGAGCACCGAAGUCCCCGGAAACGGAAGCGGACACCAGACAAUGAGCACCGGAGUCCCGAGUGUACCGCAGAGGCCGCUGGGGGACCAGAACAACACGAGUCAGGAGAAAAUACUGGAACACGAGAAGGCGGGCACGCCAACAGACGUCAGGGAUGUACAUUUUUGAAAACCGCAGUAGGGGGACACUCCGUAGGGGCCGACACAUCGGUGAGUCUGAUAGCCGAGGAAAAGUUACCUUCCAGCGAGGAAGAAAUGAAAGAGGACAACGACGAUGAUGAUGACGAACAACUAGAGAAGAAGAGGAGAGUUGUGGAAGAACGGCAGGAUGUUCUGGAAGCGAAAUGUAACACGGAACCAGCUGAUCGUCAUUCGGAGCAAAAAACUUCAUUCGAAGAAUCUCGAGAUUGAACUUGAUAAAUCGUUAAUUGCGUUUAAAAAUUAUGACGUAAAUUGUAAGCCGGGGAUACGUGUAGAACGCACAUUUUGAAUCAUGAAUAUAAGUUUAUUUCGAUAUAAAAUUGACAGGACGUAUCUAUGCAAGAGAGAAUGUUUGCAUUCUUGGAUUUAUUUUGAAAAUUACAUAUGUACUAUACUAUUGGGUUAGGGAAAAAAUCCUUUUACAUAUAGCAUAAUUGAAACAUAUUUUUUAAUUGUUUACAAAUCUUUUAUUAAACUAAAUAUGUGCCGUUUUGAUCGAUGACCUUUUGCCAUUUUUCGGGUAGAGUCAUUAUUUCAUCGGUGUAGAACUUCUG